AUGACUAAUAUAUUAGAAGGUAAAAUUUUUCUAAAAGAAAUUGAAAAGAAAUCAUUAGAGUGUAGAGAAAAAGAUGAAAUUUUAGUUUUAAAAUUAUGUGAAUUAUCUAAUGCUAUAUAUCCAAUUUACAACAAAAUAUUUGGUGAUGGUUUUUUAGGUGAAACUUUAAAAAAAGAUUUAAAAAAUUCUUCUUUAAAAGUUAAAAAAGCUGUUGAAAAAGUCCCUGAGGAAACAAAAUAUGUUUCGAAAAUGUAUUCAUAUAAUUUAAAAAAGUAUGAAAAUUUAGAGAAAUUAAAAAAAGAUAUGGAUAAUGGAUUAAUUAAUUUUAUGUGGAUGAAAAGAGCUUUAGAAUUUAUUGUAGUUUUUCUUGAAAAAUGUUAUGUAACGAAAUCCUCUUCUAAGUUAAAUAUAUGCGCUCAAGAAGCUUAUGAAGAAGUAUUAAAAAGUUAUCAUGGUUAUAUAACUGUUAAUUUAGUUAAAUUAGGAAUAAAAUUGUCUCCAUCAAGGGAAAAUUUAACAAAAAGACUUGGUUUUGAAUCAAAUGAAGAAGCAAAAAUUGUUAUUCAAAAUUUUAUUUUAAUAACAAAACCUUUAAUUAAUGAUAUUUCAAAAAUUAUGGAAAAAUAUAACUGUAACUUUAAGGAUAAAGUUUAA